AAUAGGCGUUUUUAAAGGAUCUUUCCACCAGUCUUCAUACUUACGUUACAAUAAGCAUAUGAAAAGUACUUUAGAUCCGGAAUAGGACGUCUUUAAAACCUCUGCAUGUAAAAUGUCAUAACAAUUAAUGCUUGUUGAAUGACUAAUUUUCAUGAAACGGACACAGUUCGAUUGAUCGAAUAUUUUAGUUCAUUGAAAAAUAAAUUUCGUGAAAAAAUUCAAAGCACCCCGAAACGUUUGACGAAAGUUGUAGAUUUGAAAAACAGAUUUUAAUACAUAUUUGAUAAAACUGUAAUCAUAAGUGAAGUGUGUAAUGAGAAACGCCGAGUAUAAUCUAUUUGACCGGAUAUAACAAUCAACAAAAUUAUCAUACGUCCGCUGAAUGACCACAUUGCAUACUUAUCAACCAACGAGUCGUCGUUUCAUAAUGAGAAAAAGAUUAACUUAUCAUACAUUGUAUUUCAGUACUUUUGAAAGAGAAAAAGUCGUUGAAUAAGCUUUCACGUGAGAUGUGUAGUGCACACAGAACUAAAAUAUAUAAUCUGUAUAAUAGGAUGCGAUGAUUCACGUGAGGUCCGUGCAUGAAAAAGGCACCUCUCCCAAGGUUCUAAACACGAUUCGAGAGCCAAAACGCACUAAACUCAAGGAUUUCGUUACAUAAUCCGACGUCUAAUUUAUGGAGAAAAUCUACCUACCCAUCAGGAAUCCAACUCUGACGUGCCUCGAUAUAUCCACGGGUGCAGAAGAGCUCUGAACGCGGAGAAAUGUUUUGUGGCCCAAGAUUCUGGUACUUGGCCCAAUGCAUCUGCCGAAGGCCCGCGUUCUCAGCGAUCCUCAUAUUAUCGACGCUCUUCGCAGCACAGUAUCUAAUUUCGGACAGCUUCGUUUACCUGAAUCGCUACCAAGAUGAACCUUACAUAUCUUCCAACAUGUCUGAAGGAAAGGGCAGAGGCUUCCUCGUGUCCAAUUCAAAAUGUCGGAUCCCAGAGAGAGAUCCUUUGGAUCCGUGGAUUCGUCAAUUUGUGACUAAGGAAAAAUUUGAACCCUGUACGAAGACGGCGUUAUUAACCAGAAUAGUCCAGAUGCGGAACGGCGAACUGGCGUUGAGAGUAAACUUGAACUUGGCCAAGAAUUAUGUCGACCUGUCCUGCUGCUGGGCUCCGAUUCACAGACCGAAGCCUUCGGAAACUCCAGAUCGUAAUAUUGACUCUGAAAUAAGUCUGGGUUCCUGCACGGAGUUCAAAGACGAAGCGAUUAUUCCUGCCAAGGUGGAGGUCAUCUUGGUGAAAUGCAAAGCGAGGGAGAUGAGGCCCCGAACGAAGAAGAAUACGAGAACGGUGUACGAGAACGUUCAUCCGCUAUUGCGACCGGAAAUGGUCAGCGAAAAACUCUCGCAGAGAAAGAGGUCAAACGGCACAAGAAAGCUGAGCGUCCUUCUGCUGGGAAUCGAUAACGUAGCGCGUUGGAACUUGGAACGUUCGAUGCCGAUUACUUCGCGGCACUUGAAAGACACCGGAUGGAUCGAGCUCCAGGGAUACAACAAGGUGGGUGAGAACACGUUCCCGAAUCUGAUGGCGAUGCUGACUGGCAUGAACAAUUCCCAAGCCAUGAAGGUGUGCAAACCGACCGAGUCCUUCGGCCUCGACAACUGCCCGAUGAUAUGGUACUCCUUUAAAAACACGAGCUACGUAACCGCCUACGGAGAAGACACGGCCGAGAUAAGCACCUUCCACUACAACAAAGCGGGCUUCGUCAAUCCUCCGACCGACUUCUACCUCCGUCCCUACAUUAUCGCGGCGGAAAAGUACCUUCCGCUAAAAAGGCACCUGGACAACAACUACUACUGCACCGGCCCCGAUCUCAGCGCCAUCAGGGUCUUCAAUUACGCGUUGGACUUUGCGAAGACCUUCAUCGGGGUUCCGUACUUCGGUUUCUUCUGGACGAACAGCAUGAGCCACGAUAACAUUAACGGUGUAUCCGCAGUCGACAACAAGAUACGAGAGAUCCUUCAGCGGCUUGACUACGAGGGCGUUCUCAAUGAUUCGAUGGUGAUUUUCCUCAGCGAUCACGGUACGAGAUACGGCUUGUUUAGAGAGACCAUUCACGGCUGGUACGAGGAUAAACUGCCCUUCAACUACGUUUGGCUACCCGAGUGGUUCAAGGUGGAUAACGUGGACGCCCUCGAGGCCCUUCGAGCUAACGGAAGGACUCUAACAUCGCCGUUCGACCUUUACGAGACCUUGAGGGACAUCCUGGCUCGGGCUGGAGGCGAGGCUGAAGCAAGUUCGGGUUGCCCGCACUGUCAGUCUCUCUUCAGCCAGACGAAAAAGGAAAGAGGUUGCGAGGAUGUGGGAGUCAGUCGUCUUUGGUGCGCGUGUACGAUGUUCGGUAAUAACGGUGUCAGUAAUGAAUUAGCCCAUGAGACUGCUAACAAGAUCGUCAGUUACAUUGACAGUAACGUUCAGCGAUACAGGAACUCCGGGGGGAAGAGGAUCUGCUACAAACUAAGACUGAAAAAGAUUCUCAGGGUCACCGAGAUGCUAGAGUCCGUUUCGUCGAACGGCACUGUCGGAUACAGGCAGUUUUUGUACCACCUCCAAGUCACACCGGGAGAUGGAAAAUUCGAAGCUGUGAUACGGUACGACGAGGACGGAAGUUUGACUAUAGUUGACAACGAAGUCACCCGAAUAAAUUCGUACGCGAGUACCGCUGGAUGUCUUCACGCUGGACCGAAACAGUUUUGCUAUUGUGAUUAACCUUCACCGAUGGACAGAACUUUAUGUUCUAACAAAAAUGAGAAAAUUAUUCUCCGCUACAAGUACUUCAAGGUAAAUGCUAUUUGUAGAGGUGUACUGAAAGACGUCGGUCAAUUUUCCGACCGUUUUCUCAACUUUACAACUUUCGCAGUGCGUGUGAAUUACACCAUAUUGAUAGACUAAUUGCAGUACCUGUAGUAUAAUGAGUACAAAAUAAUAUCCUUAUUGUUAGUUAAAAAUCUCAUCUACGUUAUUUCACUAAUCGUAAUUAGCUGUAAAAUUAUUAGUGAUAGUCAGUAAGUAAGUAGAACUGUUAUUUGUGUAAGUGACAGACGUUGUUGGUGAGAAGUUACCAAAACAGAAUCUAAUUUUUUAAAACCGCGAUUUUUAUAGUUGAUGUGGUUGCAUAAAAAUUGGUAAUUAUUGUAAAGUAUCUGUCAACGAUGUAUAAAGUAUAAUGCGACUCGCUUUUGCAAUAUAUAGUUGUCAAGGUAUCAUAUUGCAUAAAUUCAUAUUACGAUAUCACAAAAGAUACGAACACAUAUUCCCGCUGUUUCCAAAUGUGUCUUGGACUUGAUUCCGUUGCUAAAAUCUGGUAACAUGUUGCGAACUAAAUCAGCAAUGACAUUUGUACUUUGAAAUUAAUUAUUGAAAUCCUAUGCGGACGAACCUUCAACCCGAGUCGUUACACAUAAAACAUUGUUAUUGUGAUAUACCGCCCAAGUCAAUCAAAGUAUGUAACUAACCAAAGUUGUACGGUUAUCUCAUUAAAUUAACUGCUGUAUUCAGUAUUAAAUUGUUACAAAAUAUGCCAAUAACACUGCAAGGACGUCUAUAUUUUUACCUAUACAACAGAUAAUACCGUUCACUAAAUUGUUAAGCGUUAUGUCGAACCUAGUGUUUUAUGAUUCUCUACGAUGAUUGAAUAUUGACGAGAAAAUUCUGAUGCUUGAUACAUUUAAUUAGAAGAAAUUGAACUUGAUGCUGAAUAAUCAUGUUCCUAGUUUUUCCUAGAAUUUACAAGUCAACUAAUGUGAUCUUUAUAUCUGUAAGCUAUGAAACUUGCGCGCGUUAAAAUGUAACUUUUACAUACCAGUAAAAAAAAAAAUGAUUUUAAUAAAUACUAUGAGUUCUUGUA